AAAAAGAGUACAUCAAUUAUUUUCACUUAUAACGUCAUUCAUAUUAUUACUCGAACAAUAGUUUUUAGCGCAGACGAGAGAGGGGGCGGGGCAGCUCACGGCCGGAGGGGGGGAACACCGCAAAAACUGCACCCGACUUAAUUAUAAAGAGACAAGAAACGCUAUUAAAUACCUAUUCGUUAAAUCUACGCUGUCGUGUUAACACCAGGAGCGCGCCGUCUCUAUCGCACCUGCUCCGUUAGAAGCGGGACGGAUAUAUUUAAAACGCGCCACGCCGCUAAGGGGCGUCGCAGAUAUAAGGUUUAGAUUGACUGGGCGUUCUCAAUUGAAGCGGUCUUUUUGUUUGUUCGAGGGUUUCUUUUCAUUUGGUGUCGGGACGCGGGCGCGGGUAGACGUGCCGCGAUGUACUGCAUGUAACGCGGUCGAGUUGUGCUUGUGGACAUGUCGGAACUACGUGGCUCGCCGCCCAUGUCGCGGAACUCGCUGGAGAACGGCUUCGGGGCUCCUCUGGCGGCGCUGAGCUCGUUGGCGGAGGCCGCCCCGCCGGCUCCGAACCCUCACGGCAUCGACCACAUCCUGUCGCGGCCGGCGGUGGGCGCGAGCGUGGGCGCGGGGUUGCUGACGCCGCGGCUGUCGCUGGCGGCUGCGGCGGCGGGGAUGGCGCAUUACCUGCAACACAAGCCUCUGUACUGGCCCGGCUUCCAAGGGCUGGUGUCCAACCCCAUCGCGUGGAGAGACAGGCUGCAGUCGAGAUUCUCGUUCGCAGUGAGCAACGGCGCGCUCAGCGCAUGCGCGGUGCAGUCCGGCGGGAUGGAUAAGGACGGCAAAAAAAAACACACCAGACCCACCUUCAGCGGACAGCAGAUAUUCGCGCUGGAGAAGACCUUCGAACAGACCAAGUACCUCGCGGGCCCCGAGCGAGCGAAGCUGGCGUACGCGCUGGGCAUGACGGAGUCACAGGUUAAGGUCUGGUUCCAAAACAGAAGGACGAAAUGGAGGAAAAAGCACGCAGCCGAAAUGGCGACAGCUAAACGCAAACAAGAAGAACUCGGCGAGGAGUGCGAGGACCAGGAGCCGCACGACAACGACCCCUGCAGCGACGAGGAGGAACCCAAGAGGCCGAGGCUCGAUCUCCAUCACCAGCACAUCAGCCACCACCCACUGCCUCACCACCGGCAGUGAUCACUCGCUGCGGGCGCCAAGCACGACGCCUGUGACAAUAGUGAAGUGAAAGACAAUGGUCUUAUCGAUAUCGAGGCCGAAAGUGAGCGUAAUUAUCGACAAAUGAAAUUUAACACAAGUGAACAAGCCGAUAACAGUUGUUACUUUAAUACCGCGUAUCCUGAGUACUUAGUGCCGCGACAAUUCUGUGCCGAAACUGAUGAGGCUCCGUGUGACCUGUCCAACUGGGCGGUGAGGAGCAGUGAUGGAGUCAGGCCGGCCAGUGAGGGUGACAGCGACCGUAGGAACAGCGACAACUCUACAGUUGAUGACAAUAGCCAGCAGCCUAUCAACUUCGCAUAUUAUCACUUUUAGUGUACGAUAUAAACAUUCAGAGCCAUAAGAUCGCAUGUGAAAUAUCAUCAGGCUGGUUCUCAUUAUUCUCUGAAUGAAGCAAGCUAGCUUAUGGAAUUGAACACAAAAAUGCAUUGACAUCUGAAAUUACUUAUUUUUCUAAAGGUACUCCGCUUUCAUUAUUAACUUUAAGGUUUGGCUGCAAAACUACAACCUUAAUGCUUUUGGUAAAAAAAAGAUUCAAAAGACACAACGAAUACCUAUGCAAAUUUUAAUAGUAAUAUGUUUAUACUUUACAAUACAUGACAUUGUAUUUCAAAUUAUUUAUGGCCUACUAAUAUGACAUAGUAUCUAGAAAAUACUACGCAAUGACAUUACCUAUAGUAUCUAGAAAAUUUAACAAUAUAAGUGUAAUUUUUACAAAACAUUUCGUCUAAGUGUAAUAUAUAUUUAAAAGAACGAAAUAAUGUAUCGAUGAGACAUGAACCUAAAUUAGUUCGUAAAUGUAAAUAUAAUUAAAUAGUCAUGUGAUAGUUAAGUAAAUUAUUUGUAUUUAGAUUUUUACACAUAUUAGUUAUAACGUGUCGACGUUUUUGACUAAAGAUACUACUGGUGGUAGGACCUCUUGUGAGUCCGCGCGGGUAGGCACCACCACCCUGUCUGUUUCUGUCGUGAAGCAAUAAUGCGUUUCGGUUUGAAGGGUGGGGCAGCCGUUGUAACUAUACUGAGAUCUUAGAACUUAUAUCUCAAGGUGGGUGGCGCAUUUAUGUCGUAGAUGUCUAUGGGCUUAAGUAACCACUUAACACCAGGUGGGCUGUGAAAUCGUCCACCCAGCUAAGCAAUAAAAAAAAAAAAAAAAAAGAUCUUUGAUUUAAAUUUUGCUAUCGAAGCACAAUAGAGGAAUUCCAAGCUGUUAAUUGAGGCACAUAGAUGAAGUUUGCAAUACGAAACAAAAGUAACAAACAAACAAACAAACAGUAUUUUAUUAAGCGAUAAGAGGUUAGAUUUAGAAACAUGAGGGCGCGGGUACAGAUAGUCGCAACCGUGUUUAUGCGCCCUGUAUUGAAACCGAUCCUGGUAACAAAUAUAGACUGUGUUGGUAACCCCUGAAACUGACACAAAUAAACACUACACGCAAUAUAACCCACAACCACGCCCCUCCGUGGUGGCCACCUUAUUGACUGCACUUUUUAUACUGGAUAUUGAAUUGAACUUCCUAAUUAUUGUUUUAAGUUAGACUUUUACUGGUUACAGGACCUCUUGUCCGCACGGGUAAGUACCACCGCCCUGCUUAUUUCUGCCGUGAAGCAGUAAUGCGUUUCGGUUGGAAGAGUGGGGCAGCCGUUCUAGCUAUACUGAGACCUUAGAACUCAUAUCUCAAGGUGGGUGGCGGCAUUUACGUUGAAGAUGUCUAUGGGCUCCGGUAACAAUUUAUGAAAUAAAAAAUAAAUAAAUUAACUGACGUAGUUCAGGAACUGUCCUCUUUUACUCCAUUCAAGUUUAUGUAUACCAGUGGUAUCUAAUUAUCAAAUAGAAAUGAACAGGAAAUGUAAGAGCUAAAAAGAGAGAGAGUCAUCAUAUAUUUGACCAGUUUACCAAACGUCAUUUACUCACCACAGGGCGCGUUAUAAGCCUGCAGGCGCAGUUACCACCACUCUGACUGGUUUUACGAAGCAGUCAAGGGUUUUAAUAAUGUGUGGGUCAGCCCUUGCACAACACUUUUGGAGCUCCGACUUCAUGACCAAAGGUGGCAUUCAUAUUGGGGUAUUGAAAAUUCGCACUAAUCACACUGAACUCAGACGGAGUAACAAUGCAGAAAAAGUAAAAUUACAUUAGAAGUUUUUUUGGUUUUAAUAACCAACAUGCUUUACUUCAAUAUGUCCUUGCUAUAAUCACAUGUCAGAAACAGAGUAAUAAAAGUGUAAGCUUUAAUAAAUCCAAUAUCUAAGCGAACGGUUAGAACACAGACAAUCUUUUAGUUUAUAAUUAUCUUUGCUGAACAAAGGUUUUUCGACACGUAGAACUGGCACGGACUGGACAAGACAAACUGGUGGUAGGACCUCUUGUGAGUCCGCGCGGGGGGGUACCUCCACCCUGCCUAUUUCUGCCGUGAAGCAGUAAUGCGUUUCGGUUUGAAGGGUGGGGCAGCCGUUGUAACUAUACUUGAGACCCUAGAACUUAUAUCUCAAGGUGGAUGGCGCAUUUGCGUGAUGUCUAUGAGCUCCAGUAACCACUUAACAUCAGGUGGGCUGUGAGCUCGUCCACCCAUCUAAUCAAUAAAAAAAAAUAAAAAAAAAUGUACCGUAAAUCUAUGAACAACUGAUAGUAGAUAAUAUCUGUAUGAUGUACUAGUAUUUGGCCGACGUAGUUACGGGCUGCUACGUGGCGCCGGACCCCCGCACUUAUGUUUUGUAAUUAUGUAAUAUGCAUCAGAAAAAUAUUAAAUCAUAGCUUUGUAUAUAUUAUACAUAUAACGUUUUUGGCAUUGUAAAUAUAUUUAUAAGCAAAACCGCAUUUUAUUGUUAGUCGAUAGUCGUUGCCGCGCAAUAUGUACAUUGUGUAAUGAUAAUGAGAUAAUGUAAAUAAAUAUUUAAAAAAAACAAA